AGAAAGCCGGGAGGAGUGGCGCUCUGGGCUCUGGCGCCUACCUGCGGGCUGCGCUUGCAUCAGCGUGCAUGGCCGGGAAUACUGGCCCCCGAGCUUCCCCCGCCGCCUGAGGGCGUCCUUCCUUCUCAGGAACCCCAGGCUUGUGUAGCAUCUGCCUGCUCUCUGUACUCUCGGGCCCCGGGUCCCCUCAAGCAGCGCACGCUCUCAGGUGCUGUGGCUUGGGGUUCCUUGUCGCGCCCUUUGCGGAGGGACAAAAGCCAAGAUGGAUAUUCAGCCAUGGUAUUUGAAAACUUCAAAGCUGGCACUGGCGUUGGCGAUUAUCCACUCAAAACCAGCAGACAGAAGCAGCAGAGAAUAUACAGAGUACCUGGCUUCCUUGGUGACCCAGAAGGAGUCCACAUGGAAAUCAAAACUUGAAGCCUUAGAAGCAGAAGUUCUACAAUUACGUCAAAAACUUCUCCUGAGUAGGAUUUCCUCAGGAUUGUUUAAGAAUGGACCGGAUGUGCUCCCCACGUUGUCAGAUCAGGAACCUACAAGUUCUGAAAAUACAUUGACACUGAUGGAUGACUCUGGAUGUGUUUUAUCAAAUGAGCAAAGAAACGAACCUGCAGAAUUAUCCCAGCAUUUUGUGGAGAGCACCGAUCCCCCACUCCUCCCCCUGCCUCUUGAGAAAAGGCCACGCACGACCCUGGAAAAUCCCCUGUCUUCUCACAUGCAGUUCUUUCAACAUCUGCUGGAGCUCAAGAAAUGGACAGAAUCCAGUAGUCUGAAAGUAUACUUAACCCACUUUGAAAAAGACUCUUCCACAGUUUCUGAUUCAGUUUCACAGUUGUUAGAUGCCCUGAUCACAUUUUACAGGAACCCCAAACUCCCCUUCUCAAGCUUUUGGACAGAGGCUGUUGGCACAUUAGCCAGACUGGCAAGUGAUUUUAAUUUAUCAAAUCAUAUUUUUAAAAGAUGUUCUAAGAAGUUGGAAGAAUUUGAAAAAACUCUACUCCAGGCUAUUUUAGAGAAUAACAGUAUAAACCGGUUCCAGGUACAGCGUUAUGUCUCUCAGAGCCUAGUAACCCUAGGAAGUUGCAGCUUGUUGAGGAAGUCUAUUAUAUCGCUGCUACUAUCAGAAGUGAACAGCUUUGUGGAUGACCUGGGAGCCAUCGAUCAGGAUCAAGGCAUUUAUGAUGUGACACGCUAUGAAAAUAUUUUCUCCCUGUUUUGGAUUCUGGAACAAGUUCUUCAACAGGCACCGCAGGGAGAUCGCACUGCACACAUGGAUCACAGCAUCCCAGAAAUGCAGACAUUUCUUCAGAAGCAUGAUGAAGUCAUCUUCCGACUUUCGGAUGCCUUUCCUUUAUUUGCGUUCUACUUAUGGAGACUCGGUGUUCUCUUGAACUCAGCAGAGAUGGAAACUGUUAAGAAUGAAUCGUUGCCUUAGCGGUUUUCCACAAAUCAGAAAAUGGUGUGCUUCAGUAUUUCUCAAAAAAAAAGUUUUUAAAUGAAUAUUUUAAAUUGAUUGGCCAAUCGAAUCAUUAAUUCAAUUUAGUGAUAGGUCUUCUAUAUAAGAGCUGAUGAACCACUGUUCCAUAUUACAAUCAGGCAAUUUCAGUUGACAAUGCUCCCUUAUGCUCGUGGAUUAUAUCUUAUUUCACUCAACAGUCUAGCUCUAGUCUCUAAAACAACCCAUUUCAUAAAAUACAAUAACUUGUCAAAGAUUUCCAUCUGAUGUAAAUUUCAUUACAAAUUGUAAUGAAAUUAAACUUAAACUUCUGUCAUUUUACACACUUAAAUACAAGUAAAUGGUAAAAAAUAAAAUGUAUUACGUAGCUCUACUCAAAUCAUUUUUCUCUUAAGGAUAGUGCUGUAGAAAAAGAAAAGGCUUUGGAAUCCAGUGGCUUUUAAUUUUACUUAAUCAACAUGUUUGUAAAGUAUUUUUGAAGUGUUAAUUAGUUCUUUAAAAAUGUCCCUUUUUAAAACAAUUUUUCUGUUGAUUAUAAAUGCUAUUGUUCCUUUGAUUGUUUAAAUGUAGUAAAGUUGUGUAUUAGUAAGUCAUCAGGGAUGUUUUUAUAAAUUUUAAUAUCCUACAAUAAAUACACAUUAUACUUAUUAAAAGUACUGGUUGAAUUUUUUCAUUGCACAAUUUCCUUUACUUCAUUUCAGUUAUUAAAAUUGUAACAGACAAGCUUAAUGAGCACAUAUUUUGCACUUUCCUAUUGUGCAGUUUAAAGAAAAUAUAAUGUAAUUCUCUUUCCUUUGUUAAUUAUGUCUAAUUCUGUUUUAUAAGGUAAUUAUCAUUUUCAGAUGCCAUUAGUACUAGAAAAAUUAUCCUUGCUAAUUCUUUCUACAAUGUAUAUAAAAUUAUGCCAUAUUCUAGUAUUAUUUUUGGAGUUUGUUUUUUUUUUUUUUUAAACCAGCAGAUCUCUUCUCUCCUAGAAAUGGCUGUAUAAACAAGACCUGAAAAUGACUAUAUCAGUGGACAUAGUAACAUGGAAGAGACAAAAUUUCAUGGGCUCACACUCCUAGAUAAAGAACUAAAGACAAGCCGGGCAUGGUGGCACACGCCUUUGAUCCCAGCACUCGGGAGACAGAGGCAGGCAGAUUUCUGAGUUUGAGGCCAGUCUGGUCUACAAAGUGAGUUCCAGGACAGCCAGGUCUACACAGAGAAACCCUGUCUGGAAAAACAAAAAUAAUAAAAAAAAAAGAAAGACUACUGGAGAAAGGGAGAAUUAGCCUGCCCCAGGGGUGAGCCCCCUUAUUUGAUAUCCAGUACAGAGCGGUUCACCCUGAAACCUUACAAACAAAUCAGACUCAGCCAGUGUAUUUGUGAAUAUAUGUAUGUAUGUAUGUAUGUAUGUAUGUAUGUAUGUAUGUAUAUGUAUGUAUGUAACAAUAACAAAGAAAAAGAGGCUAUCAACUUGAAGGGGAAAAUGUUCUGAGGGUUGGUGUGAAGGUUACUGAGAGAGACUGCUGGGAGCAAAAGGUAAUAUUGGUAAUAUUUCAAAGAUAUGUAAGUUACUUAAUAUCAAUCCAGAAUAUGAUGGUUUGUUUUGCUUAAAAACUCACUCUGAGAAAGGAGUUACACUGUCAUUCUGAAUACCCAGUGUAGUCAGUUUCUGGCUAAUGAACUGGCUUUAAACUUUGGAAAAAAAAAUUAAAACUCUCCAUUCUUUACAUUUUAUGUGGGGGUGGUGCUGCCUUUUUGUCCCCCCCCCGCCCCAUUCAGCCAGGACCUUGAGCAGCCCUGGGAUGACUGGGAGGACCUAACACUGAUCUGGUCCCUUCUACCAUUGUCCAUGACCAUGAAGGAUUUGCCACAGCUGUGUGGGUGUUUUAUCUUGCCACUUGAUAAAAAUCUAAGACAUUCACAAGAGACUGGGCUGGGAAACUUACCCUCUUCUAUGUACAGCUGUGUGACUUAAAUAGUCUUUCUUUCUUUUUAAGAAUAAAUGAAGUCUAGUGGAGAUUUCCAAUUGAUGGUAUUUAUUUAAGUGGCAUAGAUAAAAAUAGACAAUAUGACUAACAUUUCCUGAGGAUAAAGCACUCUAAGUCUUUAAGCAUGCAAAGAUCAAGAUCAGACAUCCAUACAUGGAUUAGAGUUAAUUCCCAAGUCUUAGACAUAGAAAUAAAUAAAACAUUUGAGCAUAGCUUAUGCUGGCUGGCUCCAAAAUCAAACCAUUUUUUUUUUCAGUCAGAAGAAAAAUAUCUCUAUUUCAUGACUGGAAUUCAUAGGAUGAUUCUAUUUUCCAGGUAUGAUGUGUGGAUAUAGGUGCAGAUGUGUUGCUAUGUAGAUAUGCAUGCAUGCGAAUGGGAAGGUGAGGGUCAUACCUUGGGAUCAUUUCUCCUUGGUUGUUUCCAGGGUGUUGCUUUGUUUCUUUGUUUGAGAAAGGGCCUCUCACUGGCGCCCGAGAGCUUUCAGAUAAUGUGUGUGGGGCUGGUGAGCAAGCUCGGGGGAGCUUCUCCCUAGGCCCUUCCAGUGUGUGGAUUGUUAGCACGAGGCUUCCUGGCUUUUUACAUGGGGUUGAACUCAGGUGGUCAUGCUUGUCAGUUAAGCACUGCACCAACUGAGCUGUCUUCUCCAUUCCCGUGUUUGAUCUUUCUAAAUCAUUGUAUGAAGUAAGAAAAUGUCUUGUACCCGUGUCACAGAGAAAAAAGUGGGCAGAAUUAAUUUAAAAUGCAUCCGUGGUAUUAGGGGUUAUUAUCUGGGUGUUCCCCAGAGUAGCUUUAUUUUAGGUAUCUCUUGUUCUCAUCUUUUCCUGACAUCUGGAAAAGGCAUGUGAGGCCUGUCAUUGCCCUCUGCUUGUCAAAGGGCACUACACAUAUUUUCAGUUCUGCCAUAUUGAAACAGGAGUCCAGUGUAGAAGGUACAGAGAAAAGACUAAGGAAGUCAAGAGAAGACAGGGCCUUCACUAAGUCAUCUUACAACAUCGGAUGAGUGAUUCACAUUUUUCUCAUAAUAGCAUUUGCCUUCCAGUUUUAAAGUAUAAAGAAUGAAGGUAUCUUUACCAUUAGGAGAAUAUGUUUCUGUUAAAUGUGUGCCUAAAUGAUAAGGCAAAACUGUGAAUUUAACUACUAUUACUACUACUACUACUUAUUAUUAUUAUUGUUGUUGUUGUUGUUGUUGUUGUUGUUCUUGUUGUUAUUACUACUACUACUUAUUGUUAUUAUUAUUAUUAUUAUUAUUAUUAUUAAAUACUGUGCAGCAUUGGAAGUUCUGUGUUGCCUGGCUCGAUGAAAGUCUGUCAGUGGAAGAGUAUAGAACUUGGACUUAAAACUGAGGAUACCACCCUGUGUCUAUCAUAUGAAUAAAACUUGAUCAUUAGUAUUUUUAAAAGG